AUGUCGACGGACGCGCCCCGCGCCGAGUUCCUCAAGUCGAUGCUGGAGAUGGCGGAGGCGCUGGGCCUGGACCCGCGCCGCGGCGCCGACCGCGCGCGCAUGCACGACCUCCUCUUGUGCUACAUCGCCAUCAACGACAGCGACACGCUCAGGGACAUCCUCGGCGCAUUCACCGAGCUCCUCUGCAUCCUCAACGGCAACACCACCGGCGACGGCGACGGCACCAGGACAACGCCACCGUCGACGGCGACAGCAGACAGAGCGACGCAUAGGUAGAAACAAUUGUCAAACGGACGGACAGAUAGAUGGCGCGCGAGAGGCGUACGUUAGGCAUGCAUGCAUGAAACGGGAGAGGGGAUGAUCAUAUCUAGAGGCAGCAAGGAUUAGAAAGGUGGUUCUCAUCAGGGUGAGUCGUCGUUAAGUGUAACAGCAUACAGUUUUUUCUGUUAGUGUAAAGAAAGAAAAACUUGUAGUAAUAUAUACUCCAAUCUUCUUUUUUUAACACAGUACAAGCAUAGAAGUUCACAUACAUUCAA